AUGAUGUCACGGCUACCUGUGCGGCAGCUGGUUCGCCAAGCAAGGGCGGCCGGCUGGUCCCGGCCGCCGCUUGGUGUGCGCGCCGCAGCUGCUUCUGCAGAGCAGCAGGACGCCGCUGCAGAGCAGCAGCAGCCGCAGCAGCAGCCGCAGCAGCAGCCGGCGAAGCAGCAGCAGAAGGGUGGCGGCAAAAAGCAGAAGGGGGGCGGCAAGCAGCAGCAGCAGGACAAGGCGGCAAACACGUCGAGCGCCGAGGAGAUUCGCGCACUGCGCAUACAGAAGGCAAAGGAGUUGCGGGAGGGAGGCCAGGAGCCGUACGCGUACCGCUUUGACAGGACCCACUACACCGAGCAGCUGCAGCAGCAGUACGAGGCAUUGGCGCCAGGCGAGGAGGACCCCGCCGCCGACGUCGCCGUCGCCGGCCGCGUCGUCGCGCGCCGCGUGAUGGGCAAGCUGGCGUUCCUGUCGGUCCGCGACGACCGCGGCAGCGUGCAGCUGUACGUGGACCGCGCGCGGCUGGAGGAGGCGCAGCCGGGGGGGUUUGACACCCUGAAGAACCAGAUCGAUGUCGGGGACAUCGUGGGCGCCAGGGGCGGGGUGAAGCGCACGGAAAAGGGGGAGCUGUCGGUGGUGGCGCGCAGCCUGGAGGUGGGCGGCGCGCUGGUUGGGGGCUGGCAACGCGGGGAGGCGGGGGAAUACUACAGGGGGCCACCGCCAUGCGUGCCGCCCGCAGAGCAGCUGAUGCGGCUUCUGGCGCCGGCGCCUGUCCUGACCAAGGCGCUGCUGCCGCUGCCCGACAAGUGGCACGGCCUGGCGGACGUCGAGAAGCGCUACAGGCAGCGCUACCUGGACCUGAUUGUGAGCGAGGAGACGCGGGCCACGUUCCGCGCGCGCAGCCGCAUCGUGUCCACCAUACGGCGCCACCUCGAGGAGAGGGACUUCCUGGAGUGUGAUUGUGUGUGA